AAUCAACCACAACCGCAGAGUCAGAAUCGGAGACGAACAGCCACCUCAUGGACCUUCGCUCGACCAUUACGAUCACACUCUCACACACGGACAAUGGCAAGAGAUACGGAUGUCGAGCUAUCCAUCCCGCCCUUGAACGUACGGGCACGAGCAUGGAAACUGAAGUCACCCUCGACGUCCAGUACGAGCCCGGUUUCCCCGAGAUCACCGGCUACACAGAGGGCGAAAUAGUACGAGCAGGUGACAAGAAAACUCUAACGUGUAGAGCGCGAGGUGGAAACCCUUUGCCGGAAGUUUUCUGGUACAAGAAUGGCCAGCAGGUCGACAAGAAUUACAUCAAACACCAGAGUUAUGUCGUGAAUGAAUACGAGUUCGAGGUGGAUGCGUCAGACAACAUGGCUAAGUACGAAUGCCAUGUUAUGAAUGUAAUGACGUCACAGCCCAAGAAAGCGGAAAUACACCUUAGAGUUAAUUUCGCCGCGUCCAAAGUGACCAUCACGGGGCCCAGCCAAGCUAAGGUCGGCGACGUCAUCACGAUCACGUGCGUCGCCGAGAACUCGAACCCGCCCUCGGACGUCAACCUGGUCAUCAACGGCCAGACGCCCCCCGGAGCGACGUCCAGGACGCAAAAGGUGCCCAACGGAGGCUGGAACACGAUCACCAACCUGACGCGGUACGAGGUGCGGCCCAUCGACGCGGAUCUGAUGGUGAAUUGCUACGCGCUCAACCAGGCUCUGGGGUCGACCAAGAUUGACACGGAAGUCAUUAGCGUCCUGCGUCCCCCCGAGACGCCCGUCAUCCUGGGCUACGAGCGCGGCCAAGAACUCCGGAAGGGAGAUCGCCAGCGCCUCACCUGCGUCAGCAACGGCGGCAACCCCCUGGCGACGCUCACCUGGUACAAGGGCUCCCAGAAGCUGCCCUCGGAGACGCACCACGACGCCGUCACAGCGCUGGCCGACGUCGACAUCCUCCUCGACGAGUCAGAUAACGGGGCCGAGUAUCGCUGCGAAGCCACUAACGAGGCCACGGCGCACCCGCUGGCCAACUCGACCGUGCUGAGUGUCAUGUUUCCUCCCUCUGCGGUCAAGGUCAGAGCUCACCCUCGAGUAAUCAACGCAGGGAGUCCGAUGACGCUGUUCUGUGAGUCAGCCUCGAGCAACCCUUACGCCAACAUCACGUGGUGGAGAGAUGGGUUCGAGGUGGACGGAGACUACAGCGUGGAAACGAAGCCGGGGCAGUUUGGCGGCACUGUGACCAACUACAGCGUGAGGGUCGAAGUAACAGCCGACGACGACGGGGCUGUCUACACAUGCCAGGCAGACAACGGCUUCGGUUCAACAACUCACGAUGCAGUUACCAUCUCCGUUCAUUACUCCCCCGUGUGGGUGAAGGAACCCCCCAAGGCCCUAGACGUCAAGGAGGGCGAAAACGUCAUGCUCAACGCCAGCGCCCGCGGGAAUCCCAACAGCCUGACGUACCUGUGGCGACGUGGCGAGGAGGUGGUCAUGGCGGACAACAUCCUCAACAUCUCGAGCAUCACGAGAGACCAGGCGGGCGUUUAUUCGCUCGACGUUUCCAACUCCGAAGGCAACAUCUUCAGGAACGUGUCGAUUAACGUCAAGUACGCUCCGAUCAUCACUGAAGUCACAGGAAGCAGCAACGUUUCCGAGGGCGACUCCGUAACGUUGGUGUGCCACGUGGACGCCGUGCCGAGCCCCGACAUUGAGUGGAGGAGAGAGGGAUACAACUUCGAGAGAACGAAGACGAAGAAGCACGCGACGAGGAACAUCGCCGAGAUGACGAUUUCGAACGUGACCAAAGAGGACACCGGCGUAUUUGCGUGCUUCUCCAAGAACGAGAUCGGCGAGGCAACGAUAGUCAACGCUACCGUCAUUGUUAAACACAAACCCAUCAUAGACACAGCCCCACAGUACCAGAAGGCGGCGGCGGAGGCAGGGGGUAACGUCCAGAUGGUGUGCAGAGCAAAGGGCGCCCCCUAUAUCGACUUCACUUGGUACACGAGCGAGAACACGCCCAUCGAGAAAGCUAUCUAUUCGAGAUUUACUAAUAGAUACAGGGUCGAGGAUAGAAAGCUGAUAGACGGUCUGGUAACGUACGAGAGCGUUCUGCACAUUAACAACGUAACAAGCAAAGACUACGGCUUCUUCCAAUGCCAAGCACGGAAUUCCAUCGGCUCCUCUCACACAGUCAUUCAUCUGGACGGUACGAGUCGGCCUGACACUCCUCUCGAUCUGAAGGUGUUGAAUUUCACUCACGAUUCUGUGGACUUGGAAUGGACCCCUGGCUUUGACGGGGGACUGCCGCAGAAAUACCGAGUCAGAUACAACAUUGAUACAACCAAACGAUACCAGUACGUGGACGUUUACCCCGAGAACUCGACUGUCUUCACUGUCACAGGACUUGCUCUCGGGACAUCUUAUGCCUUCAGCGUCCUAUCGUACAAUGACAAGGGAGAAUCUGGCUUUACUGAUACGGACGUGAAGGCUACAACACUGAGGAUAGCCCCCCCUCAGGAGCGCCCCGUGGAAGGGUCCAAAGUGCCAACUGGAAGGGUGUCAGGGAUUAUAGUGAUCACUAUAACCCUCGUGGGCAUCGCUCUCCUCAUACUGAACGUGGCACUCGUCGCUUGCUUCAUCAAACGGCGGCGCCUUCAAGCAUCAUCAGACAAGGGCUCCAGCAAAAGCACUACCAUUGAGAUGUACGCACCGUCGUCUUACACAGGCACUGUGACCGGCGAAACCUUGUCAUCGAUAUCUGAGAAGUCGAGGGAGAGUUAUGAACAUGAGGACUCGACCGACGAGUACGAGGCCGAGGCGUCGAGGGCGAACGCCACGAGCACCUACUUGAUAGAGCAACUCGAACCCCCCUCCCAAUACGCCACGAGACCCCCUCCCCACAUCCUCCCGCCUCCCCCCUCGCACAACGACCUCAAUAUUGAAGACGGUUAUGAUGAGAUGAUCAGGAACCAGUAUAAUAUAGACCACACCGGCGGCUACGGCACGCUGGGCAGACGGAAUCCGGCGCCCGACCACUACAACAUCAACCCCGCAGACAGCCACUACCCGCCGCCCACCCACCGCUACAACACCUACCAACCGCCCACCCAACACAUCCUCACCGCCCACAGCCAUGCCCAGAACAACGGGUCCCUUCGGCGGAACCCCCCGUCUAAGCUCCACUUCCCGAAGGACUACAUCCGCAACGGGUCCAUGAACAUCCCCGCAGGCACAGGCGGCGCAGGCACGGUCGGGAGCCAGUACAGCAACAAGCCGCAGUCGCCGACGCGCACCCACGCCCCCAUGCUGUCCACCUUCGCCCCCGACCCACAGCAGAUAUCGUCCGGCAUCCCGCUGGAGCACCGGGGCCACCUGGUGUGAGGGGGCUGCCAGUAGGCCUUCGGGCAGACGCCGAGCUUUUCUCUUUCGGAAAGGGACUUAGGUUUGCUCCUUUGAGAAGAUCGUGAGGCUCAAUUUGGGUGUUGUUACUGAUCGUGGAUGAAGACCCAAGCGCGAGAGGCGACGUGGUCUGAAAACAGCGUGAUUCACUCGAGUCUUACAGUUAACGGUGAACAGUUCACCUGGCUUAUUCAUAGACAAGCCACUCCCUUAGUGUCCUUUCGGGAGGCGGUUUUAAGCCCGAUCUCAGAUACCUUGGACUCAAUGCCUGAGCUGAGGAUCUUCGCCAAACCUUCGAUGACACGAAGUACUUAAGGAGCGGUGUUGCAGAGGUGCCGUAAUCAAACUGAACAUGCCAAAAAUACUUAAAGCUAACGUAACGGAGAAAAGCAGUUUGGCAAAUGGUGCUGUGUGUGGGUAUGUGCAGAAGGUCGUUGGAGAAGCUGUGAGAAUAAGUUAGAUGACUUUUUGGAAUGGCCUUGAGACUGCUUGACGAAUGAGGAUGGAAAAUGUGUGUCGUAAAUUCGGUUGUGCUGGAAUAUAGGAAGUGUCGUGCGUGCAUAUUGGCAAAGGUGUCAUUUACUACACAUUGUGUGAACGCUACCGUGUGUAUAAUUCCUUGUCAGUUUCAGAAAAAUGACUGAAGUGACAGUGAUAACAUAUCAUUUGCACAAGGCGAUAAGAGUGUUGACAGAGUGAUGUGAACAAGAGAAUCACACAAUGAUGCUCAAUAAUGUGAUGUAACAUUUGUAAGUUUAUAUAUUUUAGGCCUUUAUGAAAGUAUUUUGCAGGAUUUAGUGAAUUCCCUCUCUCGCGACAGGGAUGAAAAUUCACACACAAUAAUCUGAUGUGAUAAAUGCCCGUAUAGAGGAUAAGCAAGACCUUGACCUUUUGCCUGCUUUAAACUCCCAUGUGAUGUGACAGUCAUGUGAUAAUGGAACGGGAAGGUCGGAGCACAAGAAGAAGGAUGAUCCAGGCAAACGGAAGUGCCUUUUAGUGAGUUAGUAUGUCAGUGGUAGGACACACUUUAGGAGGAAAAUAUUUUUUCUCUGACUCUAAGGUGAAAAUGCCAUUUUUUCCCUGAUUACCCCUCCCACUUCUGGAGACGGUAAAGGACUUGAGAAAAGUGUGUGUUCUAUAUCUAUCAUUCAUUGCCAAAGCAACGUACUAUGAAUGUACGUUUCUAUUCUGGGGUACUUUUUUAUUUACUUUUAGAAGUAAAUGUUUAGUUUACUUUAAAAGAAGAAAGAAAUGAACUUUUGAAAGGCCAUUAUCAAAACUGGUUUCCCUAGAAUACCUAAGGGCAUUUCUUAUAUCUCAUAUGAAGACGUAUGGAUAUUCAAUGAAGGCAGUAACUCUACGGAUAUACUCUCCAGUAUUCAAUAACUUUUUUGCUUUUCAAUACUCAAACUUUUUUUUUUCUUUUAUUGUUCCCUUUAAUUCAUUGUUUCGAUAUUAGAAAAAAAAUAUGACCAAUACCAGGAAAACAUUAAGUAACCCCUCCCCCCCCAAAAAAAAAAACAAUGGACAUAUAUAUGUACUUACGAUUAUACCUACUUAGUCAUCCCAGACAAGCAAGCUAUCGUGCCAAAGGAAUAUUGUCAAUCUGUCAAUCAAUCAAUCAAGGUGUGAAGUGGACUGAAGGGGACGGUUGCUUCAUAGCGCCAGGUGAUUUAGCUGUUUUCUAUUAUCUCCUUCAUUUUUUUAUUAUUAUUGAUAUCAGUAUUUUUUUUUCUUUUUUUUUAAACAAAUUAUGAUCUUCCUGUGUUAUACAAAUUCUUAUAUUCGAAGAUAUUUGUUUGAUGAUGAUGGUUGACUUUAGUAUUAAUUCUUAUUGAUAUCAUUAUUAGUAUCAUUAAUCAUUACUGUUAUUUUUUUUCAUUAACGUUAUUAUUAUUAUUAUUAUUAUUAUCAUUAUUGUUAUUAUCAUCAUUAUUAUAACUAUUAUUAUCAUCAAUAAUGACGAUGAUAUCAUUACUAUAGUUCUUAUCAUCAAACAUUUAUGAUAAUCUUGCUGUGACUCCUCUACAACAAAGACUGUUAUUCAAACCUUUUUCUCACAAUGAGAACAUACACCGAAUAUGAUGAAUAAUGAAUGGAAGAUCAAGUCCAUCCUAGCGCUUGAGACAAUCCUAUGUUAUACAUUUUCAUUUCCAUCUUCAUGUGUGAAGAUGGUGAAGAUGCCUCGUCCCAUUUUCAUUCUUAUAAGAAACCUCAGCAUUUUGCCUUCAUGUAAUAAUGUCUUUAUGUACAUGUAUAAAAGUCUUUUUAAACUCUCCCCGAGAUAGGAGAAGGUGCUAUGUUACGUAAUGUUUAAGUUUCCCAGUGUUGUUAUGCAUGUACAUUUUCUUGUGUGUAUGUGUGUAUUUUUAUCUUUUUUCAUGUUUCUUUUUAUAUCGAUUUGCGAAAGGUAUUUCAUGCGUAAAACACGCAGAAGAGAUCAACUAUUGGUAAAUCUAGACUUUUCUUUGCGUUGCCAAUCACAUCAGUUGACAGUGUUAUUUGCAUGUUCGUGCGAGGUGUCUUGAAGCACGCGACCACACUGGAAAGAUUGACAUUUUUUUUUGUAUAUAUUUCUCUCUCUCUCUCUAUUUCUAUCUAUCUAUCUGGACAUCUUCCACCCCUCUCUCCUUUCUGUCUUUCUCUCUCAUUUUAUUCUUUUACAGUGCAUACAGAACAAGCCAUUCUUUUGAAAAUUGAAAGUCCAAUCACCUUUUUUUUCUCUAAACAUUUCUAGUUUAGUGUUAUCUAGUCACCUUGCCUUUUGACACACGGAAAGAAAUUAAAAAAAAAAAAAACUUUACCAAAGACACUCAAAAACUUCCUUCCAGCCUAUAGUAGGAAUCUGAGUGCUAAAUGACGGCUCAAUGUUCCGUGAUUGGACAAGAGAUGUAAGAAGAGAAAUAACAGAAAUAGAUCGUCUUUUGUUCUAUAUAGAUUAAAAAAAAGGGAGACAAAUAAUGUUGCCAAGGAAGAUGUAAAUCCGUAAUAAGAAAAAUGUCAGGUCGUAAUUCAGUCUUGUUAAGGAUUACUAGUGGAAGUGUACAGUCAGCUAAAAGGGUAAAACAAAAGAUAAAGAAUUAAAUAAUAUCUCUUCGUUGAAAGACAGUUUUCCCUCACCAACUGCGACAGGUGGAAGGAGGGAAAUGUUGUCAGUCCCGAAGUUGUCAGUAAUGGAUCAGCCACUUUUUUUUUUAUUAAUUCCCUAAUGGAGGUGAGGGUUCAUGUGUUGAUGUUAGUGUUAUUUUUUGUCACUUGCAGAUGUAAAAUGUUUCCGGUCUGUUGGUUUGCGAGAAAAAACAAAUAGAAAAAAUGUUGAGUGGAUUAUGGUACUUACCUUCAUGUUUAAAUUAUAACUCGUCUCGAUUAGAAAGUAAAUUUUGAUUUGCACUCAAAAACAUUAAAUCAUGAUUAUUUGUAUGAUUCGCUGUUUCAUAUGUUACGGCUUUACAACGCAAGAAAUUAUCUAUGACAAAUCGUGCAAAGUUUACGUACCUUGAUUUCAUUAAUACAUCAUCAGUCACUGAACUUUAUCAACAGUCUAGUUAAUUAUCCCUAAUCUCGUUGUUCUCGCAUGAACAAGAUGCUGCUCAAUAGAAUCCAUUUUCCUGACUGCACCUUGCUGCAUCACUGCUCUGAAUUUACGAUUGAAAGUUGCGUAACGGUAUUGAUUUCUGGAACACACACACACACACACACACACACACACACACACACACACACACACACACACACACACACACACACACACACACACACACACACACACACACACACACACACACA